AUGCCUCAGCUUCAGCUUCUUGCUGAGCUACCAUCGCACACGGAACCAGCUUGGUGUACGACUUUUAACCCUACUCGUUCACUUCUCGCAUCAUGUUCGACUGAUCGAUCCAUCCGAUUAUUCUCUUAUAUCCUACCUGCCCCUUCUGAAACCCCUACUCCGACCGGUCUCCCUUCUUCUACAGACGCUAAACCUGUAUUCAGCCUGAACAAAGUAAUCUCUACCGAACACAAACGGACGGUAAGGUCUGUAGCUUGGUCACCUGACGGGAAAACUCUAGCUAGCGGAUCAUUCGACUCAACCGUUGGGGUUUGGGAGGAAGUCAUUCCUUCUUCGGAUGAUGAAGAUGAAGACGAAGAUGCUGAAGGUGUGUUUAGACCCGCAGGACGGGGUGAUGAUGGAGAAUCAAAAGUAGAGAAAGAAUGGGAAUGUGUCACUACUUUAGAAGGUCACGAAAGCGAAUGCAAGAGUGUAGCAUUCUCAAACGAUGGUGCCCUACUCGCUAGUUGUUCAAGAGAUAAAAGUGUUUGGGUAUGGGAAGUACAACCCGAUGCCGAUUUUGAGUGCAUAGCAGUCAUGAUGGAACACUCUCAAGAUGUCAAAUGUAUAGCUUGGCAUCCACACGAAGAGAUACUCGCUUCGGCAUCUUAUGAUUCACAUAUUCACCUAGCAUUCGAUGAUCCUGACUCAGAUUGGAUGAUUUUCCAAAAGCUACAUCCUAAAUUGAUUCCCACUCCUUUAUCCAUCCCUAACACAUCUCCUACUUCAUUGAUCAACGCAUUGAUACCGACAGCCGAAGAGAAAGAAGCGGAUGAACAAUUGGAUGUACCCCCUUUAGAGGAAGAUGAAACUGUCUGGAGCUUGGCUUUCAGUCCUGACGGUGGAUAUUUGGCUAGCGGAGGGGAUUUAGGUGGUAUAAGAAUAUGGAAACGACAAGGUAAUCAACCUGAUUCAUCGUGGAUUGAGGUACUCCACCUUACUGUCCAUUCCCGAUCGAUUUUCUCACUCUCGUGGUGUCCUUCGCCUUCCCAUUCUCCGGAAUCCACGGAUCUGGGUUUGUUAGCUUCAGCAGGGGGAGAUGGUAAAAUAGUUGUGUUUCAACUUACAUCAAAGGAUAGUGGUGUAGAAAUGAGGCCUAUUGCGGCUGUAAAAGAGGCUCAUGGAGUCAGUGACGUGAAUGCUGUCGGAUGGUGUAUCAGAGAAGAUAAGAAGGGAUUGGGAUUGCUAAGCUCAGCAGGAGAUGAUGGAAGUUUAAAGGUCUGGCGAGUUGUAAGCGAUGAGUAA